UUGGUACGACCAAUACCACGCUAAGUGGUAUCGUCCAUUUUUGAUCCAACAUGGAGGCCACGGAGUGAACUGUCAAGCAAUUCCUGAAUCACUACGAGGGUUUUUGCACAUAGACUAUCUAAUGUUGCAUCAUAACGUGAAUAGCAGUGCACAGGGAUGGAAACCAACGCUAUCACCGCUAUCUACGCCGAAUUUAGCGGUCUGCCGACGCCUGUUUCCGCCCACCUCACUGAAGAACAAGUCGGCGAUCAGAGAGUGUACACAGUGAACUCCGAAUGGAGUCAGAACAACCUGGUUGGAGGGUCCAGGCUGCGCUACAUGCAGCAGUGGACUCUGUUAGCGGAACAAAGAAAUGACUGCAAGAACCUCCAGACUGUCCUCCCUCCUGGACCCUGUGCACCUCUACAGGCAGAGCUGCUGAGUAGCUUCUCCCCCGUCCGUGGCCUGAGAGCCGUUGUCAGGGAAACGACCGGAAGCCACCAGAUUCUGGAGAUCUGGGACAGCCACGGCCUCAGGAAGACUCUGGACCUCACGGCCCUCAACAAGCAUGGACGAGUUUACAAUGAUGCCCAGUUUGGGUGUCUGUCGUGGUCGGGGUGUGAGAGCAGACUGCUGUAUGUAGCAGAGAGUAACCAGUCUAGCUCACCGGAUUUACCCAAGAGAUCUCCCUGUGGGAAGUCCCUACAGGACAGGAGUGUGUACAGGGAGGACUGGGGCGAGGGGUUAACCAGUAAGAGCCUCCCAGUGCUGUGUGUGGUUGAACUGGAGACGGGGAAUGUCAGCGUGUUGCGGGGCGUCCCGUCGCACAUCUCACCUGGGCAGGCGCUGUGGGCUCCAGGCAGCCAUGUUGUGGUGUUUGUGGGCUGGAGUCACGAACCCUUCAGACUGGGCCUCAAGUUCUGCUCCAAUCGCAGGUCAGCGUUGUUCCUACUUGGCCUGGAUGGACACUGUGAGUGUCUAUCAGAGGCGGACGUCUCCGUCUCCAGUCCCAGACUCAGCCCAGACGGAACCACCCUGGUCUACCUGCAGGGGCGCGUGUUCGGUCCGCACAACCAGUGUGUUAGUCUGCACCAGUAUGACCUACAUAGCAAGAAGACCUCUAUAUUAAUGGACGUUGUCAACAGAACAAACGCUGGUGAGUGUGCAGGUAUCUAUGAGUCUCUACCAUCUAGCUGCUGGUCUGCAGACAGCCAGAGAGUCGUCUUCAGCAGUGCAUGCAGAAACCGAAAGGACCUGUUUGUGGUGGACAGAAGGACGAAGACAGUAGCCUUCCUCUCCGAUAAUCUGUCUGAGUUCUACGGCAGCUGGAAGCUGCUGGCCAUACAGAAGGACCUCAUGGUGGUUUACUGCUCCAGCCCCAACACACCACCAACUCUGAGGGUGGGUUUCCUCCCGCCAGUAGGGUGCUAUGUGGAUUGGCAAACUUUGCACCAGCCUGGGUUGACCUUUGACCUCCGCUGGACGGUCCUGGAUGUCACCCCCACCACAGAAGAGGACAACACAGAGUACUCUGGUCUAGACUUUGGGGCUGUGCUGGUUAAACCGAGGGAUCAUUUCCAUGGAGCCAAGAUACCCCUGGUGGUCUUCAUCCACGGUGGGCCUCAUUCACAGUUCCCUGCAGAAUGGAACACCACUACAGCUGGACUGGUCAAACUGGGCUUCGCUGUCCUCAUGGUGAACUACCGGGGAUCGACAGGUUUCGGCCAGGACAGCAUCUUGUCCCUGAUUGGUCGGAUCGGUACCCAGGAUGUCAAAGAUGUGCAGAGGGCCGUCACAACUGCACUGCAACGCGACGCGACCCUUGACCCCAAUCGCCUGGCUGUGAUUGGUGGGUCCCACGGGGGCUUCCUGUCCUGUCAUCUGGUUGGUCAGUAUCCAGACCUCUACCGGGCAUGUGCGGCCAGGAACCCGGUGAUCAACUUUGCCACCUUACUGGGAACCAGUGAUAUCGUUGACUGGCGUUACUCCAGUGUAGGACUGAUGUACUCUUACGACCAAAUCCCCACUGCUGAAGCACUGGCAAUCAUGCUGGAGAGGUCCCCCAUUACACACGCUGCUCAGAUCCAGGCACCAGUUCUGCUGAUGCUAGGAGCCAAGGACCGAAGGGUGUCUCCUCACCAAGGACUGGAGCUCUACAGAGCCCUGAAGAGCAGGGACUCACCUGUCAGGUUGCUAUGGUUUCCAGAAGACGGCCACUCAUUGGCCAGAGUGGAUACACAGGCUGACUGCUUUCUGAACACAGCACUUUGGCUGCAGCAACACCUCUGAACACACACUCACUCAGGCACUCAUGCACUCACACGCACACACACAAUCACAGGCAAAAUUCUCUUUGUUACUGUAAGUAUUUGUGUACUGUACAGUGGCCUUUUAUACUCCUUGGGACAGCAGUCUUUUUGAGCUUUUACACGCAAAAUAAAGAAUAACUUUGUUACAUUAACUUU